AUGGGACCGCAGGCGCUGCGGGACAAGAAGAUCAGGGAGGUGCGCAAGGCACAAGGCAAGGCCCAGAAGCACAAGGAGAUGGUCAAAGCGGUCAGCGGCCCCGCGCGCAGCAAGAAGACACAGAAGCGGCUGGCACACAAAGCGAAGAUGCUGGAACGCCACAUACAGGAGACGGAGGCCGGGCAAGCGGCCGGGGACGGCGCGGAGGCGGCAGCGGCUGUCUCCGGCGCGCCGGCCGGGGCCGCGGCCGCGGCGGCGGGGAAGAAGGGGCGGCGGGCGCGGCCAAAGGGUAAAGGGGCGACAGCUGCCGGCGGCGGCGCGGCGGCUGCAGCUGCAGGGGAUGCGAUGCAGGAGUGA